UCCAGCUUGAAGCAGUAUGGCAAAGACGAAAUGAGAGAAGCCUGGUGUGUGUGGUGGGGAGAGCAGCAUGUUUAAGAAAUGAGGUUCAUUUAGGAUUUUGUUAUUAGGUUUGUCCAAAGGAAUUGAUCAGGCCAUCAUGAUACGGUCUCUCCCCUCCAGCCGGGUUUCUGUGUACAGCAUACCAGCUCCAUACGACUCUGAGCAGACUGCAGGGCAGGAAAAUCUGCAUAUUCACUACUGCCCAACCGGCGGAGGAGGCUUGGGUCAGAAGUACUGUUUCUUCAAAUGGAUGAGGUUGUGUUUCUGGAGAAGAUGGCUUCUAGGAAUAUUACCUUUAGUUUCUUUAAUAGUUACAGUAAUCGUGCUAGUCCUGCACUAUUCAUUCUUUCCAGCUUUCUCCUUUAUUUAUAUUGGUGGAAGUGUAGAAAUUCCUAAUUUGACUUAUACAAAUGACCUCAGUGAUCCAAAGUCACAGAAAUUCCUCCUGCAAGCAGAAGCAAUCCAAAACUAUUUUGCAGAAACAUAUGGGUCUUCCUCCUUGAGAAAGUACUACAUGAAGUCUGUAGUGGCUGCUUUCAGUGAAGGAGAGUCUGGACUCCGAGCUUACUACUGGAAUACAUUCUGGGCACCACAAGAUAUGGUUGCUUCUCUUAAAAAAUUAACUCCAGUGGAACAAAAAGAAAUCAGUAGUAAACAAGCAGCUCACAUGUUCAGUUCUUCAGGGGAGGAAGAUUUUGAUCUUGUUACAAUGGAGCUUUUUGUUUCAGAUUCCACAGAAUAUGAUAUGAUGCUAAAAUCAGCAGUAUCCUUUGACCUGUAUGCCAAGCCAGGGAACAACAGGACUCUAACUCUGAUGAAUCCCAAAAAGUCUUCUUAUCAAUGGAGGCUGCGAGUUCCUUCUAACUAUGUGGUGAGACUUGUAGUUAUCACUUUGCAUGGUGUCACUCCAGAGAGCUGUGCAUCACACCACUUAUCAGCAUAUGAUUUCCUUCUUCCUCUGCAGAACAAGAUCAUUACAAGAUGGUGUGGACCUGGGGCCUGGACUCCUCCUAUUGUACGUUUAACUUCGUCAAGUAAUGUAAUGUUGCUUACCUUCUCACUGGACCGAAGAGAAGAAAGCAACAUGUUAAAAGCUCAUUUUCAAGCUGUUCCUAAAAUCAUCUGUGGUGGUCAUUAUAUUUCCUGGAAUGGGACACUGAGUUCCCCUUAUUACCCAAGUUACUACCCACCAAACAUUGACUGCAGCUGGAUCAUCAGAGCACCAUUGCCUGGCUACAAGCUGUCAUUAAAAAUCCUCAUAAUACAAAUUCAAGAGAAGUCUCCAGGAUCCAGUACAUGUGAUAAAGACUGGUUAGAAAUUGAUGGGGUUAGAUACUGUAAUGCUCUUUCAGAAAGCAACAGAAACAGAGAAUAUGGCUAUUCUGUUGCAAUCAACUUCCAUUCUGAUGAACUGGUUACCCACAGAGGGUUUUAUAUUGAAUACAAAGCCUUCAGUCACACAGACCGUUGUAAUCCAGAAAAGUUGAACUGUGGUGAUGGGAAGUGUAAGCAUCAGUAUAAGAAUUGUAAAGAUGAUGACAGCUGUGGGGAGGACAGUGAUGAAAACAACUGCUCCUACAGAAACUGCUCCCCUCAUGGAUACAAAUGCCUCAAUGGAAAAUGCUUGCUGAAACCAAACCCUGAGUGUGAUGGGAAAAGAGACUGUGCAGAUGGAUCUGAUGAAAUGAACUGCGCUUGUGGAAGAGACCAGUUUAAGAAAAACAGAAUUGUUGGAGGUGAAGAUGCAAGAUCUGGAAAGUGGCCUUGGCAAGCAAGUUUACAGAUGGGAGCAUAUGGACACAUGUGUGGUGCAUCUGUUGUUUCCAACAGGUGGCUCAUAUCUGCUGCCCAUUGCUUCCUGGAUUCUGAUUCUGUGAGAUACUCUGUUCCUUCGGGGUGGAGAGCAUAUAUGGGCUUACAUACUAUUAAUGAAAAGAGCAGUCGUGUAGCUGUGAGAUCAAUCAAAAGGAUUAUUGUCCAUCCACAGUAUGACCAAUCUAUCUCAGACUAUGACAUUGCCCUGCUGGAAAUGGAGACACCUGUGUUCUUCAGUGAGCUGGUACAGCCCAUUUGUUUACCCAGCACCUCUAGAGUAUUUGUUUAUGGAACUGUCUGCUAUGUAACUGGCUGGGGAGCCAUAAAAGAAAAUAGUCAUCUUGCCAAAACACUGCAGGAAGCUCAAGUGAGGAUAAUUAACCAAAGUGUUUGCAACAAGUUGUAUGAUGAUCUUAUCACAUCACGUAUGCUGUGUGCUGGGAAUCUUAAUGGUGGAGUUGAUGCAUGCCAGGGAGAUUCUGGAGGUCCCUUGGCCUGCAUGGGAAAGGGAAAUAGAUGGUACCUUGCUGGCAUUGUGAGCUGGGGUGAAGGAUGUGCUCGACGCAAUCGUCCUGGUGUAUACACUAAGGUGACAGCCCUUUAUGACUGGAUUCGUCAGAAUACAAACUGAUCUGCCAAGGAGAAAAUGCAGAUCAUCUCCCUUAUGAAAGCGGUUUCCUUCCAUCAUGUCCACCUCUGAUAGUGUAACAUGAGAAUGCCAUUGACUGCUUCUCUGUGAAGGAAUGCAUUUUCUUUAUGAAGAAACUAUCAUGUGUUGUUCACCUAGCAGUGACUGUUCAGAUUCAGAGAAACUUCAAAUUCCUUAUGGAUUCAUUUUUCUUAUCCCCAUCAGCAGAAACAGCACUGCCUUAAAAACAAAACAAAAUGGAUUAGAACCUGUAGCAAAAAAUCCAGCCAAACUUCUCCUGCAAAUCUUCUCCCCUCCUUUCAUCUCACUUGAUACCUAUAUGUCUCCAUAUACACAUAUCUGGAUAUACAUGGCCCAGUCCCAUAUAUACUCAUAUAUAUUACCUUAGUCAUGUUACAGGAUUCUAAACGUAAAUUAUUUCAUGUUUCUUGGAAAUACAAAUACUGUAAUCAGCAUAGCAUACAAGGCUGAGAUUGAUUCAUUCUCUAGUUACAUUGUCACUGCACGACUUUCAUUUCUGGGCUGUAACUUUUGUGCUGUCUCCUGUGUUUUCCUAAAAACAUCAGAUAUAUAGUUCAGAAAUGUUAGGAUGCAAGAAAUUUUCAUUAAAGAACUUGAAGAGCAUCAUUUAGGUUGUUUGGAAUGUUGUUUAAAUAAGAGGAAAGAAAUACUCAGUUUUAGUUAAUUAAACAGAAGGAAACUUUAGUGCUUUCUUACAUUCUCUUUACAAUUUGAACAUAGCCGUAGGGUCUGAUACUUGCAAUGUGUUACAAGUGUAUUUCCCCAGCUCUGUCUCUGGCAUACUUUGUGAAUUGUUAGCAUGCUCCUGAGUGGGUUUGCACUGCUUCUCCUGAAGUCCUUGGUCUACAGCAAGCAGAGUUUCAGGGUCAAGAUCUUUGUUUUGUACUACUUUCUGGGCUGUGCCCACAUGGCCACACUACAGUGAAAGGGACAUUAAAGGAAAAGGGAUUUAUGUGGUUGGAUGCAUCCUUGGACUCAAAGAAAGUAGAAUUGGCAACGGUAGCCACAUUCCUUUAACCCUAGCAGUAGAUCUAGCUUUGAUAAUUAUAAUCUCCUGACAAGCCAAUCCACUCAAAUCUAGCUGAUUUAAGGUUUCCAAAGGUGUUUAUGGGACUUAAGAAUGCUGGUAUUCAGUUUAAUAGAAGAUCUGUCUUAGAUGGUCCUAAAAUUGUGCUCAGUAUUUGGAAGUGUUUAGCUUUCAUGCUUAAUGUA